GACUGGCUUCUCUCUGUUUCCAGCACUCUUUUUAUGUCCAGCCACCACACCAUGGCCUUUCACAUCUCUCAUUCUAUUCUCCAAGCUCUCCAAUGGCUUCUGUUUCUGUUGCUUCACGUUACUCCGUUUCUUCAUGGCCUCCCAAGACGAACAACAGUAGAGCCGUUGUCUCAUCUUUCACCAAAAUCCCAUUUGGUAAAAAGACCCAGUACUUCUCUUUAUCUCCGUCUUCCAAUCCCACUGCAAAAAGACGUCGUCUUUCAUUUUCCAUGAAAAAUGAUCAAGAAAACGAACCCAGUUCAUCUUCUUCGGCUGUUGUAAUUUCUGAGAAGCCAAGUGAUGACAGUGAUACCCAGAAGAGUAAAUUGCCAGCGGAAGAAGUUGAAACGGGUAAGGAGAGUGGCUCUGAGUCUGAGGAGAAGGAGAAACAGCAAGAAAUGGAUUGGAAGACAGAUGAGGAGUUCAAGAAGUUCAUGGGAAAUCCCUCUAUCGAAGCUGCAAUAAAGUUGGAGAAGAAGAGGGCAGAUAGGAAGCUCAAGGAUCUUGAUAGGGAAAGUAGUGGUAACCCACUUGUAGGGCUCUUCAAUAAAAUUCUGCGUGAUAGUUUGACUAGAGAGAAGGAGAGGCUGGAGAAAGCUGAAGAAGCCUUCAAGGCAAUUGAUCUUAACAAGUUAAAAAGUUGUUUUGGAUUUGAUUCAUUUUUUCCCACUGAUGUUCGGAGAUUUGGAGAUGGGGGCAUUUUUAUUGGAAAUUUGAGGAGACCAAUUGAAGAGGUCAUGCCCAAAUUGGAGCAAAAACUGUCUGACGCGGCGGGAAGGGAGGUUGUGUUAUGGUUCAUGGAAGAAAACACAAAUGAUAUCAGAAAACAGGUCUGUAUGGUGCAACCCAAAGCGGAAAUUGAUCUAGAGUUUGAGUCAACCAAGCUGAGCACUCCUUUGGGUUAUGUUAGUGCAGUAGCCUUGUGCGUUGCUACUUUCGGAACAAUAGCUCUGAUGAGUGGCUUCUUCCUCAAACCUGAUGCUACAUGGGAUGACUACCUAGCUGAUGUUGUGCCUCUCUUUGGUGGUUUCAUAUCCAUUUUGGGCGUUUCUGAGAUAGCCACUAGAGUGACAGCAGCUCGCCAUGGUGUAAAACUCAGUCCAUCUUUUCUUGUGCCAUCCAAUUGGACAGGGUGUUUGGGAGUGAUGAAUAACUAUGAAUCACUGCUUCCAAAUAAGAAAGCUCUUUUUGACAUUCCAGUUGCACGCACAGCUAGUGCAUAUCUUACAUCGCUGGUGCUUACGGUUUCUGCUUUUGUGGCUGAUGGAAGCUUUAAUGGGGGUGACAAUGCAUUGUAAUUUCUUCACAUACCCUUUCUCCGAAGCAUAAAAAUUGCCUUUUAAAAUGCCUAGAAAAGAUCCUCAAUACUUCUUUGUGCAUACCAAUGGUGGUAUUGCUCACUUUAAGUAUAGUUUCAGCAGUAUGUUG